AUGUUUUCAGAUAAUUCACAUUGCCCUGAUUGUGGACAACAGUGGUUCCCUAGUUUAGAACUAGGCCACUGGUUGUACCAAACUGAACUUGUUGAAAAUGAAUGUUACCAGGUAUUCUUAGACCGUAUUAACAGAGCUGAUUAUUGUCCUGAGUGUUAUCCUGAUAAUCCUGCUAAUAGAAGCCUUGUUCUUCCUUGGUCUUUCCCACUUGAGUGGGCUCCCCAGAAUCUCACCAGAUGGACCUUUGAGAAAGCUUGCCAUCCAUUUCUUCUGGGUCCUCCACUGGUUAGAAAAAGAAUACAUGACUCUCGAGUAGCUGGUUUUAACCCUGCAUUACAGUUAAUCUUGACCAGAACAGAUAAAACCUUAAACAAAAAACUGGGCCAAAACAAAUAGCUUCUAUAAUAGUCAAAAUUGUCAAGUCUAGAGGCUUUUGUGUAGGUAGCCCAAGGAAGAUGGAAAAAUAAUUCAUUUCUAAGUCUGACCCAGAUUGUCACUACUUUGGGAACUGCUUAAAUUGUUGGAUCUGCUUCCGUGGCCUAUACAUAUUUUAUUCACAUGAAUUUAGUUAGUAUUCCAGCCAGACUGUUCAUCUAGACUGAGGCUAAUCCGUAUUUCCUAUAAACUGUUUUGGAACUAACUUACCACUCCUAAAAAAAUUUCUGCAACCUAAUGAGUGUCAUAUGACAAAGUAGUCCUAGAGGGGAAGUCCUAUACUGUGUGCUUCAUAGUGGUAUUUCUAAUGAUAACUUUUGUGGGAAAGCAGCCUCGUUAUAGCUGGAUCCUAGAUUAGUUCAGUGAAUUUUAAUAAGAAAUUACACUGUUGUAAACUCACCUCUUAUGCAUUGGUCAGUGAUGAGAUAUAUAUAUAAAUAGAUAGAUAGAUAAAAUUUGUUCUUAUAUAGCCAUUUAUUCAUCAUUGGCCCUGUUUGGCCCAUCCUCAGUGUGGCUGUGAGAUUAUUGAUAACUGGUCACUGUCAGAGAAAUCACAUUCUAUUAGGAAACACCUACAUAGGUUAUGCAGAAACAUGAAGAAAUGCCACCUGUCCAUACUUACGUGGCUUUACAUAAACAAAAGACUGUCUUGUCUUUGUGGUGACUGAAUUUACAACGUCCUCCCCUGGAAAUGGAAAAGUACCUAUCAGGAGAUGUAUGACAAAAGAAAUUAUCAAGCCUGACUUCAUAUAUAUUAUGAACAGUCUAGAGGAAGCAUCUUUCUUAGAACUAAGGAGGUCUGCUGAACAUUGGCCACAUUCUGGACUUUCAUGAAAAUCAUGGACCCAGAGUUGGGGUUAAGCCACUUAGAAAAAGCUGUUGAAAACAUCUCAAAGGCCACUGAACAAUUUUUAAAUUACACUUAACAUGCCAGGUAUCUAGGUAUCUAGUGCUUUUAGCAAUAUUAUCAAUAUUAUCAAGGUCCCAGCUUCUUUGUGUCCUUCCCCCUUGCGAUCCUCUUUUUUUUUUUUUUUUGCUUUUUAAAAAAUAGUGACAGAGUCUUGCUGUAUGACCCAGGCUGGUCUCCAACUCCUAGGCUCAAGCCAUCCUCCCACCUCGGUCUCCCAAGGUGCUGGGAUUACAGGCGUGAGCCGCCCUACCCGGCCUAGGAUCCAUGUUUGCUUUUUAUCGUUAGGUUUUUUUUUCUCAAUGAGUACAAUAUGACUUCUUGUUGUAACAGACAUUUUAAUCCCUAGGAAAGGCUGGAAGUAGAGAGCAAAAGGCUUUCUUUCAAGUCAGUCUUUUGUUUGGGAAUCAAGUCUUUCCCAAAAAUCCCUAGCAAAUUUCUUCUUACAUCUCAUUAGAAAGUACCAGUUUACAAGGGAGCCUGGGAAACCUUGGCAAAGGGGAAUAGGGUUAGCAUUGCCUGGGUAGGCCACAUUGCCUCCAUUGAAGAAAUCAGGGCUUUUUUUUUUUUUUUUUUUUUUUGGAGACAGAGUCUCACUCUGUCGCCCAGGCUGGAGUGCAGUGGCAGUCUUGGUUCACUGCAACCUCUGCCUUCCGGGUUCAAGCAAUUCUCCUGCCUCAGCCUCCUGAGUAGCUGGGACUACAGGUGUGCGCCACCACACUUGGCUAAUUUUUGUAUUUUUAGUAGAGAUGGGGUUUCACCAUUGUUGGCCAGGAUGGUCUUGAUCUCUUGAUCUCAUGAUCCACCCGCCUUGGCCUCCCAAAGUGCUGGGAUUACAGGCAUGAGCCACCGUGCCCAGCCUUUUUUUUUUUUUUGACGGAGUCUCGCUCUCUUGUCCAGGAUGGAGUGUAGUGGCACGAUCUCGGCUUACUGUAACCUCCACCUCCUAGGUUCAAGCAAUUCUCCUGCCUCAGCCUCCCGAGUAGUGGGGAUUACAGGUGUCCGCCACCAUGUCUGGCUAAUUUUUGUGUUUUUAGUAGAGACGGGGUUUCACCAUGUUGGCCAGGCUGGUCUUGAACUCCUGACCUCAGAUGAUCCACCUGCCCUGACCUCCGACAGUGCUGGGAUUACAGGCAUAGCCACUGUGCCUGACCAGGGCUCUUUUAGCAAGGAAAACAUGAGGAAUGAAUGGCUGUUGGUGUGCAACAAAUCAUACUUGCUACAUGUUGUGAAACCUGAAGUUAUUUGUUAGUCUGUAUGAAGAAUGUACCCCAGAGAUGCACCCUGUAUCUGCCUUAUGUCUCUUACAGUGGAGGUUCUCUCCUGUUAUAUUGCUGAAUAAACUAUGUGAACUGCUAAA